AUGGGAACUUUAGAGGAGACGAAUUUCUCCACAAAUGAAUCGGGUUCUUACGGAGUUUGGCCCAUCGUCUACGCUAAUCCCAAUGAUUCCGAUUUCCAGUCUUGCCUCGAAGAUGCCGAAAUUACUACAGCAUUUAGAUUCGUUAUAAAUGGCUUGCUAAUGAAUAUAAUUGGAGUGCUGGGCGUAUUAGGCAACAUAAUUUCCAUGAUUAUUUUGUCGAGGCCUCAGAUGAGAAGCAGUAUUAAUUAUUUAUUGAUCGGCCUGGCACGGGUCGAUACAGUACUGAUCAUUACGAGUAUUCUACUAUUCGGAUUACCAGGGAUAUACCCUUAUAGCGGUAUGCUCUUCAGCUACUUCUACAUCGUCUUGCCCCAUAUAGCCCCCGUAGUAUUUCCUAUAGCCACGGUAGUACAAACAGCAUCGGUAUAUCUUACUGUGACAGUGUCUCUAGAGAGAUUUGUGGCUGUUUGCCAUCCGUUGAGGGCCAGAUCGCUGUGUACGUACGGCAGGGCCAGAAUCUACGUGGUAGGAAUUAUCAUAUUUUCCGCUAUGUACAAUUUGCCCAAACUUUGGGAAACAACGGUUCAAAAAGAGUGGAGCGAAAGGGACAAUUUUACGGUGUAUUGCGUUCGAGAAUCCGCUCUAAGGGGCAACGAAACCUACAUCCACGUGUACAUCCACUGGUUGUACCUGAUAUGUAUGUAUUUGGUGCCGUUCGUCUCACUAGCAGUAUUGAAUGCUUGUAUAUAUAGACAGGUACUGAGAGCGAAUCAGGAGCGCCAGCGCCUCUCCAGGCAUCAGAAACGCGAAAUCGGCCUAGCGACCAUGCUUCUAGGAGUCGUCGUCGUCUUCUUCAUAUGCAAUCUCCUCCCGUUGGUCAUCAACAUCAUCGAAUGCUUCAACGUUCGCAUACCUUUCGAACUCGACUAUCUGCUGCAAGUCAGCAAUCUGUUAGUGACGAUAAAUUCUAGUGUUAAUUUCAUCAUAUACGUGAUCUUCGGCGAGAAAUUCAAGAGACUAUUUUUGAUAUUGUUCUGCAACAACAAUUUGUUCAGAGGCGGCAGGGAAUCCCCAGACGGCGUCACUCACGAGGACAGCUUCAUGUCGAACGGCGACAGGCAGAGUUUGAGGUUGCACAGGCACAGCACGCUCAGCAGGAACGGCACGAAUUCAUCAAACACCGGCCGCACGAACGGCUCCACCAGGAUCUCGCAGACGAGGCACAGCUGCCGCUACGGCAGGACUUCGAGCCCGAGCCCGUGCGUGUACUAUCCUGCUAGCAGGAACAGCAAGGAGAUCACGCAGACGACGGUACUGAUAGCCGACUGA